AUGAUUGCCAAACCAAUGUUGUCAUCGAUGUUCCGACAGGCUGCCCGCCCCGCGGUAUUUGCCUCCAAAUUCUCGACCCCUCGAUUCUCCCCCAUCGCAUCCAGAUAUCUUUCUACAGAAGUUCGCAAGCAGAUUGAUCAAGUUGUUGGCUCAAAGCCAGUUGUCCUUUUCAUGAAAGGCACACCAGAAAACCCAAUGUGUGGCUUCUCAAAGGCAACUAUUCAGAUCUUGAGCCUGCAAGGCUUGAACCCAGAGAAGUUUGCUGCUCUUAAUGUACUUGAGGAUGAAGGUUUAAGACAAGGAAUCAAAGAAUACUCCGAGUGGCCAACCAUACCCCAACUUUAUGUCAACAAGGAAUUUAUCGGUGGAUGUGAUAUUUUGGUCGCAAUGCACCAAAAUGGAGAACUAGCAAAGGUUUUGGAAGAGAACAAGGUCUUGGUUGAGGAAUCAUCAUAA